GGAGAGCGACUCAAGAAGGUGGCCGCCGCCAAGGACCGCGAGAUCCAGGACCUCAAGAAGCAGCUCGAGGCCUCGAGGCAGACGGGUGGCGGGGCGGCGGCGAUGCAGGUCGACAGCUCCGGUGACAAGCCCGUCGGUUCGGAGUCUGACAAGGCGGCGCUCGAGCGACUCACUGCUGCCAUCGCCGCCAUCGGGGGCGCCCCUGACGAGCUCCCGUUGUCACACGAGGCUGCUAUGGUGGCGGAGCAAGAGAGGCUCAGGGCCAAGAUCUCGGCCGACGAGCCGAUCGGCGCUCGCCCCCACCUCCUCGCCAACCGCUGCACGGCGCUCGAGAAGAAGAAGGAGCGCCAGCUCGCCGCCUUGGACAAGCUCCACGCGCAGAUCCACGAGAUCCAGACGUCUGUCGCCGAAGCGGAGAAGGCGCUGCUGGAGACGUCCAAGGAGCUUGUGGCCGCGGAGGCGGACAGGCGCAGCGCUGCGGCGCUGGCGCCUCGCCCAGAGGCAGGCGUCCAUUCCCUCAAAGCGACGAUCCCCGCCCUGGACUUGUCGGUCGCCGAUGUUGGCAAGAUGCUGGAGGCGAUCGGUGCGGAUUCGUCGUUGUCCGAGUCAAUCCAGGCUAACUUCGCGAAGUUGCGCGAAUUCGAUGCUGCUGCAGCGGCGCGGAGCCGCACGCAGGAGAGAGCAGCUUCGGCCGAGACGCCUGCCAGCGCCGCGGCGAGCAGCGCAGGUGCAGAGGCUGACGGCGACCUGGCCGAGCUGCAGACCUUCUACCGCGAGGUCUUCGACGCUGAGCCCCCUGGCAGCGAGGAGGAGCUUCGAGGACACAUCAAGCGGUUCGGCGAGCAGCUCAGCAGGGCGUCGAAGCGGCCUCGCACCGCCAAUAGGCGGCCGCCGCCGCCGCGGGAGAAAGGGCGGUCCCUGGGGCAGGGGGCGCGGCCCUUGCUGCCUCGCGUCCUGCGUCUUCGGCGUCUUCAGGGCUCGGCGGCGCGGCUAUGGCUGGUGCGUCCUGCGGUGCCGCACUCACCCGUGACGCUGAGGGCGCCAGCAGCCUGGGGCGCCUCACGCGAGCGGGCAGAGGGGUCAGGAAGGCGCCAGCACAUCUUCGUGCUGGCCGUGGAGAUGCCGGUUUGCUCCAGCAGGCGUCUGCCGCCGCCGCUGGAGAUGGGGCGGACCCUGGGGCAGGGGGCGCGGCCCCACUAUGCGAAGUGGCAGCUGGAGAUGGGCACGCGCCUAAGCGACCGUUUUGCUGAGUUGCAGCCCAAGGCGGCCGUCAAAGGCGGCGUCGUCCUGCUCUCCGUGUACUUAGCAGUUGGAGAGGGCCUUGGAGCCCAGAACUUGGAGAUUGUGCAGGCGGCCAUCGACUACGCCAGCCAGCUGCCGCGCCAGGGCAUUGCGUGGGUCAUAGGCGGGGGCUGGAACAUGGAGGGUGACCUGCUGGACGACUGGUUCCACGCUGCAGGUGCCAUUCGAGUGGCGCCCCAGGUGCCCUCAUGUGCGCAGACGCUCCCAGGCACGGUGCGCGACUUCUUCUUCGCAUCGUUGUCCCUGGCCCCAGCAGUGGCCGAGCUGACCGUCGAGGAAGGGACCGACCUCUUUCCGCGCAAACCCGUUCUUCUUAGGCUGGGCGUGGCGGAGAGAAGCAUGUGUCGUCGCGUUCCUGAUGAGCCUCAGAAGUUUGGAGCUGAGCCGAAGGUUGGCUGUGCGAGGUUUCCCCCCGUCGAGGAGUGGGCCCAGAUCCAGUCACUCAUAAGCGACGCAGCGUCGGAAGAUGAAUUGGCUUCUUGCUGGGACGAUGUUCUAGCAGGCAUUGAGGCCGAGCUAUGUGACCGCAACGACAUCGUGAAGGCCUCAGUGCGGCGGAAGUUCUGUGGGCGUGCUGGCCCACCUUCUUAUUCGUGGAAGCCGCUGCCGGAGCAAGCCCCCCCUCAGCCGAAGGCGGGGCUUGCGUGGCGCGCUCUGGGCCGAUGGUUGCGACACUUGCGCUCGGUCCGCACCAAGUUGUGUCAGCUCGCCGUCGGGUAUGCCAUCGACCCCGCGGAUGAGAGAUUGGAGCAGAUAUCCAAGCAGUUCUAUUUCCUUCAGGGGUUUCUGAAUCGCAUUCGUAAGUCGUAUUGGGUGCUGGAGGAGACUACGGAGACCAUCAGGGAGUUUUUCGUUGACGUGCCCUCCAGCUUCAGUAGAGCAGAGUCCGACGACGUCGUUCAGGGAUUCCUUGAUGAGAUCGAUGUCAAGCUGCAUGAGUUUGCUGAUGCUUCACGGGCUGACUGGAAGCAGCGGGUCGAGCAGGCCUUUGCCAAGGGAGCAGGAGUUGCGCACAAGUUCUCUCGCGCUCGCGAGGUGCGGGAGCUGAUUGCGCAGACGGCUCGGCCACAGCCGUUCCAGCAGGCAGACGACUGCCCCGCGGAGUGGGAGGCGAUCUGA